UCUACACUCUACUGACUGUGCCCUAUAAUAAUUAAUACAUUAUUCCAAUACAUAAAAAUGGAUCUAAAUAAAUUGUGUCCUGAAAUUCCGAAAGUGGAAUUACAUGCUCAUUUGAAUGGUUCUCUAAGUCGAAAAACUUUGCUUGAACUUAAACGCUGUUAUGCAGAUUCUGGUGUCAGCGAUACAGCCAAUGCAUUCUUGGAUGAAUUUCUAAUAGGUGCGGGUGAUACUAGAAAUUUAACUGACUGUUUCCAAGUAUUCAACAUAGCACAUUCAUUAACAAAAACACCAGAAACAUUAUCAUUAGCAACGCAAUUGACGUUAAAGGAAUUUCAAGAUGAUGGCUGUUGUUAUAUUGAACUGCGUAGCACACCUAGAGAGACGCCAUUUAUGACAAGUAAACAAUAUAUUGAAACUAUUGCUGAAACUAUGAGAAAUAAUACCCAUCUCGCUAUUAAAUCACGGCUCAUUGUAUCUAUAAACAGAACUAGUACAAUAAAAGAAGCAGAGACGAUUGCCGAUCUAGCUACCUCCUGUUACAAACAGUACCCUGAUGUUAUUGUUGGCAUUGAACUAAGUGGCAAUCCCAGUGUGGGAAAGUUUGAAGAUUUUGUACCAGCUUUGACAAAAGCUAGAUAUGCUGGGUUAAAUGUAACCCUGCAUUGUGGUGAAGUGUGUAACCCCACAGAAGUAUUAGAGAUGUUACAAUUCAAACCAGACCGUAUCGGCCAUGGGGUCUGUAUUCACCCUGAUUUUGGUGGCACUGAGGAAACAUGGCAAGCAUUGUGUAAAUCACAGAUACCAGUUGAAAUCUGCUUGACAAGUAAUGUGAAUACAAAAUCUACUCCUGAUUAUAAUUCACACCACUUUAAGGAGCUCUACAAUGCAAAUGUUCCUGUUAUAAUAUGCACCGAUGACAAAGGAGUGUUUUCUACAUCCCUAUCCCAAGAAUACAGAAUAUGUGCAGAUGUAUUUGGAUUGCAACCACCACAGUUAGCCAAAUUAGCUCUUAAUGCAGUCAACUAUAUUUUUGCUGUUGAUGAACGCAAAAGCAUUGUGGAAAAAAUGAUGAAUUUUAUAAAUAAAAAUUCUUUAGAGAAUGUUUUAUGUUUA